AGGAGAGCGAAAGCUCGGGCGGCCCGAGCGCGCGCGUUCUUUGAGAAAGAAAGAAAUGUAAUCCUCGACACGGGCGGGGUCUCCUCCUGAUGUAACAGGAAACGGAGAUGUUUCCCCUUCGGCUGCCGAUAAGUUACAACCUCACAAGGCUUCUGAGCGCUCCUGGCGGCAGAAGCCGGCCGUCGUCCGCUUCGGGCACCCUCGAAGACCUUUGCUGAUUGGAUUGUAACCUAGACCUGUAGGGAGCAACUAGCGAGAUCGCGGCUCUUUUUUUUUUUUUAACCGUUUCAACUCCUUUCUCGUUUUUAUUUUCCUUUUUUAAACAUCUUUUAUAUAUAUAUAUAUAAAUAUAUACCUCAUUUUUUGGGGGGGUGAGGGGUGAUUGUGGUGGGAACUCUUUCUACCCAAACCGGGAAAAGCCAAACUCAUUUUGAUUCCUGAUAUUAAGCCCGGGAAGAAAAGCACAGCUUUUGUUUUUGCUGAAGUGUAAAGCUACAUUUAAUGAUGGAAGCUGGUUGGACUGUACAUCUGCUGCCUCUCUUAGCUCUGACAUUGGCUUUUGUCACAGCUGUUCCAGAUGAAAAAGAAGGAAAUUGGUCCAGUGAAAUGGGAACUAAGAACCAUACAGACCAUCAAACAAUACUAGGUGUAACGAAUAAUAAAAUCAUGACAGCACAGUUUGAAUGUUAUCAGAAAAUUAUGCAAACUACUGAAGAAUUUGAAGGUCCACAUUGCAACAGAACGUGGGAUGGUUGGUUAUGCUGGGAUAGUACCGCGGCAGGAAAAACUGUAGAACAAAACUGUCCAGACUACUUUCAGGACUUUGACCCGUCAGAAAAAGUUUAUAAGAUCUGUGAAGAAAAUGGACACUGGUUUGUGCACCCUGAGAGUAACAGAAUUUGGACAAACUAUAGCCUUUGCACUCAUCAAAUAUAUUAUAAAUUGCAGACAGCUCUGAAUCUGUACUAUAUCUCUAUAAUUGGCCAUAGCCUUUCAAUUGUUUCACUUCUUAUUUCCCUUGGCAUAUUCUUCUAUUUUAAGAGCCUCAGUUGCCAAAGGAUCACGUUGCAUAAGAAUCUUUUUUUCUCUUUUGUUUGCAACUCUAUUGUAACAAUUAUUAUUCUAUCAGGAGCUGCCAACAACCAAGCAGUGGCUGCAGAUAACCCAGUUGGAUGCAAAGUGGCACAAUUCAUUCACUUUUACUUAAUGGUUUGCAAUUACUUCUGGAUGCUCUGUGAAGGCAUUUACUUGCACACUCUGAUUGUGGUGGCUGUAUUUGCAGAAAAGCAGCAUUUACUUUGGUAUUACCUCCUGGGAUGGGGCCCAGUACUCUUCAACAUCUUCAUCAAUGACUUGGACGAGGAGAUAGAUGGGGAACUCAUCAAAUUUGCAGAUGACACCAAGCUGGCAGGAAUAGCCAACACUCCAGAAGAUAAACUCAAGAUACAGAAGGAACUUGACAGACUUGAACAUUGGGUGCUAUCUAACAAAAUGAAAUUCAACAGUGAAAAAAGCUUCCCGUUGAUACCUUCCUGCAUACAUGCUGUAGCCAGAAGCUUAUAUUUCGAUGACAACUGCUGGAUCAGUUCAGAGACUCAUCUGCUAUACAUCGUCCAUGGUCCUAUUUGCGUUGCUCUUUUGGUGAAUCUCUUUUUCCUGUUGAACAUUGUCCGUGUUCUAAUCACAAAGUUAAAAGUCACCCAUCAGGCGGAAUCCAAUCUCUACAUGAAGGCAGUCAGAGCCACCCUCAUACUGGUGCCCCUACUCGGCAUUGAAUUUGUGUUGGUCCCAUGGCAGCCCCAAGGUCGUGUUGCUAUAGAGAUUUUCAACUAUGUGACGCAUAUCCUGAUGCACUAUCAGGGUUUGCUGGUGGCAACGAUUUUCUGUUUUUUUAAUGGAGAGGUUCAGUCUGUCCUACGGAGGCACUGGAAUCAGUACAGGAUCCAGUUCGAACACAGUUUUGCCCACUCCGAUGGUCUCCGGUCAGCUUCUUAUACAGUUUCUUCCUCCUUCACCGAUGGCCAAAGCUUCAGUUUUAACCACGACUGCCCCAGUGAACAUUUAAAUGGAAAAAGCUUUAGCGAGAUGGAAAAUGUUGCUUUUAAACCUGAAAAGCUGUAUGGGUGAUUACAGAAGACUGUCAGUUCUGAACCAAUAUGUUAUUUCAAAUAGAUGGGUCCCUGAGCAGCAGUGACUUUUGGGGGAAAUGGCUGUUCUUGAAGAAUGCAAUGAGUUUCAAUUUGUUUAUUGUGUUCACAUGCAUUAGCAUAUCUUCGCAUGUGAAUGCUGGUAUACUGGAGCUGGUGACACCCAAUCAUUGGAACGCUAAGCUUCAACCUCUGGAUUUAAAACAUUCAGAAAGAUGCUGGUUGAGAUUUUAAUGGGAUCAAUCAUGCCCUAGUUAGAUCUGUACUUGUAUAUAUGUUUUCUGCAUAUGAAUAUAUCUGGAGAUAGAUAAACUUUGCCUCUUCAACUUCUACUGUGUAGACAAAUUGGGCAAUUUAUUUUGUAUGAAGGGAAUCAAAGAAAGUUCUGUAUUUUUUUCAGCAGUUUGUAUCUUGACUGGGUUGUCAUUUUGCAGCCAUUUUGUUGCUUCAAAACUUGUAUAUAUGGUAUUUAUCAUAUUCUGUUGUCUUAAGUGCAACCAACAAACACAGUCUAAAUCUUGAAGGGGGAAAAAAUCACUAAAUGCAAAGCAUUUUUUGGUUUGACUGUGCAACUUCUAUGUCUGACAAAGAUGGAUGCAAACCAAUCUGCAAUAUUCUAAAUAAAGUGGAUUCAAAUUUACUAGACAUAUGAGGGCCAACAUUUUCAAAUAUGCCUCUUCCCUUCAGUUCCUGUAAGCAAUGGAAAAGAAUAUAGUCAUCCCAAUAUCUGGUAGGCAUAGGAACUGUGAUGACAAGGUGGAUUUUCUGUGCCUCUGUGGCUUCCCAUUUGUUUUAAUACAUACAUACAUACAUACAUACAUACAUACAUACAUACAUACAUACAUACAUGUAUUGCAGGACAUGUUUUGAAGGUAUUAUGGCAGUGUUGGUGGUUGAUUUGUAUCCAGUAAAGAAGUCUGGUGCCAAUUUUUUUUUUAAAAAAAGUAUGGUAAUUUGCAAAUAGGCUUCUCUGAUUGGGCAGAUGCUUUAAUAAGAACAACAGAAGACAGUGCAACAGCUGAGUCUUUUAGAGAGCAGAGAGGACUGAUGAGGCUCAUACCCUAAUUUAUUUAUUUUUCCUGAGUGGGAACCUUGGGUGAGAAAAAUCAUUAUGAGAAGUCUAGUAACAGAUGUAGCAUACCCACAGGGGCUCCAUGAUCCCCACAGCCAGAAUGUGGAAUACUUAUAAACGUCGUUGAUCGUAUCCUUCUAUAACCGGGAUGGCGAACCUAUGGCACGAGUGCCACAAGUGGCACGCAGAGCCAUUUCUGCGGGCAGACAAGCUGUCGCCUUAGGUCAGCUCCAAUGCGCAUGUGCGUGUGUCUCCCGCUGGCCAGCUGAUUUUUAGGGCUCUUCCGCACAUGUGGGAAAUGUGCAUGCAUGCCCAUGCUGCCCCUCCCUCCCAGAAGUCUCCACGUGGCUGCAGGAAAGCCUCCAGAGCCUGUGGAAGGCGAAAAACAGGCCUCUCAGAAGUCCGGAAAUGGGCUGUUUCUGGCCUCCAGAGCAGGGGUCUCCAACCUUGGUCCCUUUAAGACUUGUGGACUUCAACUCCCAGAGCCCCUCAGCCAGCAGAGAUGGCUGAAGAACUCUGGGAGUUGAAGUCCACAAGUCUUAAAGGGACCAAGGUUGAAGACCCCUGCUCCAGAGGGCCAGGGGAGUCUGUUUUCACCCUCCUGGAGGCUCCAGGAAAAUCUCCAGAGCCUCCAAAGCCUGGGGGGGGGGUAAAAAAUGGGCCUACCGAAAAUCCAAAAAUGGACCAUUUCCGGCCUACAGAAGCUUCAGGGAGACCUGCUAAGUCCAAAGUGGGGGGGAGGGGUGUCGCACACGCCUGCGUGGGCCAUGCAUGGGAGACAUUGCAUUAUGGGUGUGGGUAUGCGCGCACGUGCUAUCCCCUGUGCUUUUGGCAAAAAAGGUUAGCCAUCAUUGCUCUAUAAACUUCAAAGAUGCAGAGACAUUCUCACUCAACAUCCUAGCUAGAAAUGGGUUGUUCCUACUGGGGUGAGCAAAGACCAAAUGUUGAUGAUCUAAUCAUAUUGGGCACCUCAAUUCAGACACCUAAGACAGGUAAUCUUUUGGCUUCAAACAUAUAGAUGUUGGCCAAGCACAAGUAGGGUGGUUUAGACCACGACUUUUUUUUUUAAAAGAGCUAAUGAGAAAAGUGCAGUUCUUUCCUUCCAUUGACGACCGGAGGGAAAGGAAAGAAGGGCAAAUUAUUUUUUCCCUUUUACAGCCCUGUGUAUAGUCUCCAAAUCUACUCUGGAUCAUUGGGGAACUCUCCAGAGCCAGUUCAGGCAGAAUUGACAAAGUGAAAUUAGCAAAAAAAAAUAAAAAUGUUGUUAUACAGGCAGAUUUCCAUAUUUGAUAUUUGGGGGGGGGGGCUUGCCUCACUUUGUUCAUUUGUAGAAAAUGGAUGAAAUGGCCAAUGAGGCCAUCCUAUUGGAAUUUGUAGAGAAUCCUUAAGGGGCUACAGUUAGCACUUUACAUUAACAAAGUGUCCUCCACUCUUAUCCACAAACAUGGAAGCCACAUGGAAGUCAGUAGGAUUUGAGGCCAUCUUAGUUGUUUGGAAGAUUGUAGCUGUAGCCUUCUGAAGUGAAGCCUCUUCUGGCUUGCAUAGGAGAACUGGUUUAACUUUGUAUUGCUCAGGAUUAUUGGGUGUUAUUCUUCUGCCUUUACAUACACUCAGAAGUGAUUUACCACUGUUACUGUAUUUUUAACUCCAGAACUGUGCAAAAUAUGAAUAAGGUAAAUGUCUUUCAAGGAAGUUUGGUAAGAACUUUAUGCCGUGCCUUUGUGAAACGUUCUUUUCUUUUUUUUUUUUAAAGGAAGAUAAAUCUUGUAUAACUGAAUAGCAAAAUAAAGAUGCAGGAGCACACGAAGUUAGGUGAAAUAAACCUUUCAAAACUCAUAAAAA